UCCAGAGCAGUUCGCCUAGAAGACCACCGUCACAGUUACGUUCCGAAAGACCGACGAGGCGAAGGUGUUUGUCCAGCCACAACACCAGCAUUUGUACGCGUGCCCCGCCGUCCACGUUCGACGACGGCCCACCACUGUUGGUGCGUCGCUUUGUGUCCACAAAAUAGAAACCCGAAGUUAUUUCGAUCGAACAGCAAGCGCAGCAAAACCCAACCUCUCGUGGCGAGAGCAGUGCGAGUGUGCAGUGAAAAUAGUCCCGAAAUUCCCGACAACCUGCAUCCACAAUGGGAAUUAAAUUCCUGGAAAUCAUAAAGCCCUUUUGCGGCAUCCUGCCCGAAAUCGCCAAGCCGGAGCGAAAGAUCCAGUUCCGCGAGAAGGUGCUAUGGACGGCGAUAACCCUGUUCAUCUUCCUCGUCUGCUGCCAGAUCCCGCUAUUCGGUAUCAUGAGCUCCGAUUCGGCCGAUCCCUUCUACUGGAUCCGUGUCAUCCUCGCCUCGAAUCGUGGUACGCUGAUGGAGCUCGGUAUUUCGCCGAUCGUGACAUCCGGUUUGAUCAUGCAGCUGCUGGCCGGUGCGAAAAUCAUCGAGGUCGGUGAUACGCCAAAGGAUCGUGCCCUGUUUAACGGUGCCCAGAAACUGUUCGGUAUGGUCAUCACGAUCGGCCAGGCUAUCGUGUACGUCAUGACGGGCAUGUACGGUGAUCCGGCCGAAAUCGGUGCCGGCGUGUGUCUGCUCAUCAUCAUCCAGCUGUUCGUGGCCGGUCUGAUCGUGCUGCUGCUGGACGAGCUGCUCCAGAAGGGCUACGGAUUGGGAAGCGGUAUUUCGCUCUUCAUUGCCACCAACAUUUGCGAAACUAUCGUCUGGAAGGCGUUCUCGCCGGCCACCGUCAACACGGGCCGUGGUACUGAGUUCGAAGGUGCCGUCAUUGCCCUGUUCCACCUGUUGGCCACCCGCCAGGAUAAGGUGCGCGCCCUCCGCGAAGCCUUCUACCGCCAGAACCUGCCCAACCUGAUGAACCUGCUGGCGACGGUGCUCGUGUUUGCGGUGGUCAUAUACUUCCAGGGCUUCCGGGUGGACCUACCGAUCAAGUCGGCCCGCUACCGCGGCCAGUACAGCAGCUACCCGAUCAAGCUGUUCUACACCUCCAACAUCCCGAUCAUCCUGCAGUCCGCGCUCGUGUCCAACCUGUACGUCAUCUCGCAGAUGCUGGCCGUCAAGUUCCACGGAAACUUCCUCAUUAACCUGCUCGGCGUGUGGGCCGACGUUGGAGGCGGUGGUCCGGCCCGAUCGUACCCGAUCGGUGGCCUUUGCUACUACCUCUCGCCACCCGAAUCGUUGGGACACAUUGUGGCCGAUCCGAUCCAUGCCGUCCUGUACAUCGUCUUCAUGCUUGGCUCGUGCGCGUUCUUCUCGAAGACGUGGAUCGACGUGUCCGGCAGCUCGGCCAAGGACGUUGCCAAGCAGCUCAAGGAGCAGCAGAUGGUGAUGCGUGGUCAUCGCGAAAACUCCAUGAUCCACGAACUGAACCGCUACAUCCCGACGGCGGCCGCCUUCGGAGGGCUCUGCAUCGGUGCCCUGUCCGUGCUGGCCGACUUCAUGGGUGCGAUCGGAUCCGGAACCGGUAUUCUGCUUGCCGUGACCAUCAUCUACCAGUACUUCGAAAUCUUCGUCAAGGAGCAGUCCGAGAUGGGCGGCAUGGGCACGUUAUUGUUCUAAGGUGCUUCAUCCUUCCCCAACCCCCCCUUUCCCCCUCUCCCAUCAAUCCGAUUUGUUUGUUUUUACGUUACUUUUUUCGUUACAAUUUUGUAGAAUUCUUUUUGCUUUGAGUUCAUCCCUUCCAUCCCUUUCCCUCAACAAACACACACACACACCACCACACGGGGUGAUGGAGGUACACCUGUUCACGAUCCUCACGGUUCCCCCGCUUCCACGCGCCCCGUUUGUUCCUGCCCUGCUAGGAAACGAAUUAAUUUAAGUCCAUAAAUCUUCUUUAGCGUUUUAGCGUUUAAGAGAGAAAUAGAAAGCGAACACUACUCUCCGCUCAAGAAGCUAGAGAGAGUGAAAGAGCGAGCGACUGAGAGGUGUAAUAAUAAUAUUUGAUAAAUAAUAACAGAACGGCGUGAAUAUGUGGAAAAAAAACACCGAGUGUAACAACAGUUUCUUUUUCUUCUUUUCUAUCUCCACCGGAGUUUUUACUUCUGUUUUCUAAUGAUUGAUAGGCUGACUAUUUUCGUUGAUAUUUAAUUUGUUGUUUAUUUCUAUCUGUUACUCGGUUUCCGAACACCAGAACUUAACUAUCAGAAACUCCACGCAGCUUCGUCUAACAUGAUUGUGGUGGUACUAAUCUCUCCUAUUGCCACUUGGGGCACUGUGGGGUUGGUUGUUGGUUUUUCUUCCUUCACAAACGUACGGUAAUUGUUUGAAACUUUGGGUCAAAAGUUGGCUUUUAACGAAGGUAUAAUCAAUUAAAGAAAAUGAAAAGAGGUCCGAAGUGACCCAAUAGAGAAAUAAAACAAAUUUAACCCCCCUGGAUGAACAUUUCAAAAUUGAAACGUUACUAUUUAAUGUAGAAAUUAUUAUUUGAUCCGUCGUUAGGUAGAUAAAAGACCUUCGUUACUCUUCGAUUAAAUAAGGAAAAAAAGGCAACGAAACACGUGUGUCAGGGACACACGCUAGCUUCAAAACGUACCGGAUUGAAGUGACAUCCUGAUGUGAAAGGGGAGUCCUGGUAACACCCGCAUACCUGCCUGCUGGCUACAUUUGACCUGGUCGGGGGGAGAAUUGUCAAGAAGAUUUGGAUGGCUUUUUCGUUUUCGUUCCCGUUGCUGAAGAGGAACGAAAAUUGAGGAAUGGCAAGAGGAAAUAAGUAGGAAAGAAAACCAACAAGAAAAACCUACCGAUAGGGCCACGAUACAUUAUCAUCAUGAUGAGAUUAUAGCCGGAGAGCUGAUUGAACGGAGAAAACUGUGAAAAUAGACGUCAAUACCACAAAACCAUU